AUGACUACACCUUGCGAAGGUGUUAAGACCUGGACCCAGAGGGUUGAAGCUCAUCGUGCCCGCUUGUUGACUUUCCGUGCAAAGCUGCAGCGCUUCAAAGCUAUGGAUAGCACCACCCGAGUGCUGGCAGACACGGCUACAGCAUUGAACAGUGCAGCAGCUGGUGUUGAAGAAUGGUCUACAUCCAGGUCUACGAAUCGUUUAAUAGCAGCUGCGAAGGAACUUGCUAGCCUGCAGGUGCGGCAGGAUGAAGCGAAGGAAUCUCUUCGAAACGCGAAAUGCGGAUCAAAAUUGGCUGCGAAUCCAAAGAUGAACGGCAAACAGAUCGUGGAUUUGUCACUCUUCACCCGAGCGCGUUGGGAAGCGGAGCGCCGAAAGGGCGAAGCAAUGCUUGCUGGUGAUGGAGAGGAUUGUGUGAAGAUUUGGGACAAGGAAAUGCCAAAGCCGGCGCGAGAAGAGAAGGCAUGCAAUCAAGUGCGUGGACGCCAUGUGUUGGUGACCAACAGCGAGAAGGCAAAAAGAAUCUACAUCGAAAUGUCAGUCACUGGGACCGCGGAUCGUCAGGGCUUCCUGCGGAAUGCCAACAGCGGACGCUUCGCAUCGCUGGCCACGGAACGCUCGGAGUGCACGGGUACUGCACGGCAAGGCGGUGACCUGGGAUGGCUUUCCAAGGACAACAAUCCUUCGAAGCUGCAAGAGGUGGCUUUCGUUACGCCGCGCAAUGCCUGCAGCCCUCCGUUUCGGAGUGGAAGCGGUUUCCAUUUGUUCUACUGCGAGGAAAGAAGGUGA